GCGAAAACUUGACGGCCAAAGCCCCGAGCCCUCUCCUCCACGGUUGCACCUCAUCAUGUCGACAUUAGAGUCCCAGUUUCAACUUCAAUUUCACGGCCCCGCAUUGAUUCUUCGCGCUUAAGCAAAUAUAUGUUAUCCGAGAUUCCUAUUCGUUCUUUGGAAGAUUUCUACUGGGAGUUCAUCAAAUUGAUUGCUAGCUUCGAUGAAGAUCAACAUCGAUCGGGAGGCGCGGAAAGUUGGGGUUGACAAUCGAAUUCCCCUCCGGAAUUACUAUCGGAUCGCCGAUAAUCUCCUAAAACAGGCUAAUAUUUAUCGGGAGGAGAAUAAUAUUGUGGAUUUGUUCAUUAUACUUCUUAGGUUUUCAAGCUUGGUUUCUGAAACUAUACCACGGCAUCGUGAUUACCUAGCUUUUUUCCCAAAGGAAAAGAUAUUUUAUAAGAAGAAACUGUUGAGUGUAGUAGAUGAACUUGAGUCCUUGAAGCCCGAAUUUGAUCGCCGAGUAAAUGAACUGGAGAAAGUGUAUGGACGGUCUCGUCUUCCUCCACCUGACGAGCAGGAAAUAGUUUCAAACAGUCGACGGCCAUCUCCCUAUGUGAAUGGAAAAUUUUCAUUAAUCUUGGAUCAAAAGCAGCAUGCCAAUUUACAACCACAAUCUUCAUUGAGGUAUCAUGACGACCGAGGUCUAGUUUCACAAUCAAGUUCUGUAAGGAUUGAGAAUAAGUUCUCAAAUCUGUCUAUCAAUGUACCGCUUCCCAAACCCGAAACUUUGUCUAGACAUUCUAUUUUGGGUCCCAAUGGUCUUCAGGGCCAAUGGAAGGGACCGAGUACAGACAAGAUUCUCUAUCCAAGAAAUCAGGAUUAUACUUCUGAAGAUUCAAGAUUGAAUCAAAUUGAACAAUGUGAUCUAGCGGCACAAAAAGAUGGUGGUCCAGGAGGUGUUACGUCGAUGAUGAAGUCGGUACUCUCGCUAGACGAUGGCCUUUGGCCUCAUCCUGCAGACAUGUCUACUCCUCCAUUGAUAACAGAAGUAAGGGAAGAUCCUUUCACAUUGGUCAAACAACCUUCUCCUCCUCCUGUUCUUGCUAAGGUUCAGCAGGAAUAUGCGACGAUUCCCCCAUCUAAAGUUGCGGAUCCAAGGCCUGGAGUGGCAAAACAAUCACAGGAUGGACCUGAGUUCCAACAUUUACACAUUCCAGUAAAAAUGCUGGAUGAUUUCUUGAGAUUGGCCCGAGAAAAUACAAAUAAGAAUCUGGAGACUUGUGGUGUUUUAGCUGGCUCACUGAAAAACAGGGUUUUUUACAUAUCUACGCUCAUAGUCCCGAAGCAAGAAUCAACAUCAGAUUCCUGCCAAACGUUGAAUGAGGAGGAAAUAUUUGAAGUUCAAGACAGAUUAUCACUUUUCCCUCUUGGUUGGAUCCAUACACACCCAUCACAAACGUGUUUCAUGUCAUCUGUGGAUUUGCACACACAUUACUCGUACCAGAUUAUGCUACCAGAAGCUAUUGCAAUCGUCAUGGCUCCUACGGAUGAAUCAAGUCCAUAUGGAAUAUUUCAUCUGUCCGAUCCAGGUGGUGUGUCGGUCAUCCGCAACUGCCAACAGCGCGGGUUUCAUCCCCAUGAGGAGCCUGAAGAUGGGAGUCCACUCUAUGAGCACUGCUCUCAUGUUUUGAUGAAUCCCAACUCGAAGUUUGACGUUAUCGAUCUAAGGUAAGAUCUUGAUUGCUGACACUCUUUAUAAGGGAACUUGUAUAGCACCCCGAGAAUGAGUACCUUAAACUUCGCCCCGACGACAGCUCUGUAAAUUUUGUAAUUUGCAAAUCCAGUUGAGUUACUGCCAUUGUUGGGAGAGUUCAGGCUGUGGCCAUGAUUGGCUUCCCUUUGUUGAAAGAACAGCGUUGGCUAUAUAGUGUAGAUGAUAACUUCAUUUCAUUUCAA